CUCGAGUUGUUCAUCGCAAGUAAACCGAUACUAGCACCAAUUUGCUCCUAUGAAACGGCACCACUUCACUUUGAAAAAAUCAAGCCUGCUUCCUACACAAUGAACGAAACGCGCUCUCGUCAAAACCCCUUUGGGACAGAGGACGUGGAAAAAAUAAAAACCUUGUGGGAGUUCAAGAUCGACCGAGCCGACGUCGACCGAUGGGCGUUGCGGGACAUUAGGUUCCUUGUUUACGACGACACGGACGUGAAGUCGAAUGGGUACGACAGCGACGACGAGGAGGGCGUAGCCGAGCCGGUGCAGAACGACCCGAUGCCGGCCCCUUCAGGCAGCGGCUCGACGUGCACAGUCUGCUCCGGCAUCCCCGAGUUCCCCAGAAAUUUCAAGACGCGCAGGUUCCGCUUGUUCAAGCCGGCCGACGAGGUUCCCGGCUUCGUGAAGGAGGAUGUGGCAGUGCCCGUGGAAAUCUGUCCCCACUAUCUGGCCGUUUCGCACUGCAGGCCGCCGCCGGGUUCGGCCGUUACAGCCUUUCGGCGUACCUGCCGCGUGCGCGACCUCGACGGUACCACGCGAGCCGCCCGCGCGCUUGAUGACGUCCUGGACCGUGCCGUCGACUUUGCCAACACGUGCGGCCUCCGCAUGAUCUGGAUCGACCAGGAGUGCCUGCCUCCUCGGUCUUUGGUGGAGCGGCCGGCGUCGGCCCUACUCCGGGGCUCCGCGGACGUCUCCGACUUGGACAAGUCCGCCACCGAGCCGCCGCCCUCCUUCUCACCAAGAAGCUUGUCCUGUCGGGUGGCUCCUCCCCCUCCCCCGGUGGCGUUCCGGCAAAUAGGCGUCGAGGUCAUGGACAUCGUUUAUAGCAAAGCCAUCGCAACCGCAGGCCUCCACGACGGCGUGGUGGUUAGCCAGCAACAGCUUGACAGUAUCAACAUGCUUAUUAAAUACGACAAAUCCCGGGGAUCGGAACCCCUCCAAAGCCAGCACCACCAAUACUGGCAGGUGAUCCAGUUGUUGAAAGCGGUGGCGGGGGAUCGCUGGUAUACACGCGCAUGCGUGGCCCAGGAGGCAGUUACCGCUAGCCUCGGCCUUUUUCUCGUGUUUCGGAGGGAGCCUGGCGUCAUAGGCGGUUCACGUAUGCGCUGCAUAGAGGGUUUGGAGGAGGGUCGCACCCGGCUGCCGCCUCAUAGCCUGGACACCCAGGAGCGCAAACUCUCAUCCGAGGUCGUCGGCAUUAACGUGCUCGACUUCCGCAAGCUAGUGCGAACGACAGAAUGGGUCUACACCCUGAUCCAAUUCAAAGCUCCAGACCGGAGGAUAACUAAUAUAAUCAUGCCGAUCGUAGACGUCGCCAAAACACUCCACCCGACCUUGUCAGACGGCAAGCCGCCUGGCGUGCGCAACAGAAAGCAAGCCAUCAACGCCGCGACAGCUCUUACACUCCUCAAGAACCGGGAUUGCCGCGACGCGCACCACCGCAUCGCCAUCGUAGCCAACAUGUGCCGCUACGAGAUCCGCAUCGACACGGCCAAAGCGCGUUGUGAUUCGGCACGAACCGGCAUUCUCUCGCUCGCCCUGCUCAAUUCGGACCUCUCCCUGCUCGUGCCCGAAAUGUACGCGUGCUCCACGAGAACCAAACCCUGCACAAAUACCGACUGCUGCUGCGCUAUAAAGAACAGGGGCCUGCUUUCGCCUUUUGAUACCCACCCCGACGCUAUAUGCGACCCGAACCCGCGGCAGAGCCCCUACAUAAGGCCGACGGUGCACAAGCACGGGGCCGACCCGGCGGAACCCGGUCUGCUGCGACUCUCCGCGCAUACCUGGACGGUUGACGAGGGCCUAAGUCUGGGCAUCCUACGGGACCAGUACCUCGAACAGUGGCGUGGCCUAACAACCCUCCGCCCCACGCCCGUACCGCUGAAAGGUGAAUCCAUCAAGGCCACACGGAGACGGGGGUUGCUGUUGGCCAGGCAUUUUGUCGACACCCCCGACGACGACUUCCGGGCCCAAGCCAGAAUGGAGGUUCUGCAAAACGGUGGUACUCUACCGCGAGAUUCGCCGCUAUGGCGUGGUUUGGACCCGGUCGGCGUCGAGUUCAAAGUGCAGCCCGACGCCAAUUACAUCGAAGGCAGUCCCGAAAGGCGCCGGCAUAUGGCCGAGAUUGUGUUCGGCAUUCUGCGUCACCUAAACGGGCUCCAGCGCGAGAACCCGCGGGCAGCUGGACUAGCAAAUAGCAUAUGGCAGUCGCUGUGCGUUGCCACACGCACAACCCUCGCCUCUGACGAACGCUUCUCCGGAUCGCUAGUGCAAAAUUUCGACCUGCCGGAUACGGUCUGCGAAAAGUUUUUCGUGAACCUAUGUGAUCACAACCCGCUCAACCCGUUCGACAUGCUUCAGCUCGACAAAGACAGAAGUGGUGGCUACCGUCAGACUUGGUUCAUCGAACGGAUUAUGCAGCAGGGAAAACUGUGGAUCGGGUCAUACGACCGGGCUUUCCCUGCCAGCAAGAAAGGACCGUUGGAGGAGCGCACAACGACCGCCCGUGCCACAAUUCUCCAAAGGCAGUUGCGGGAUCGACUGCUGAUGGAUCAUAUAUUGGCCACCAAGCAGGAGCUCGCGACUGACCCGAGCAAAGCCGACAGUUUGUCAAAGUACAGCGCAAACAUUGCAAAGUACUUCGAACUAUCGACUCUUUCCAGCACCCCGCGUGAGGCCGAUGAGGAAUGGGCGCGCUCGCUAGUGUCGACCUUUGACGUCGACGGGCCUUGCACCGUGGCCACGCCGUACGACCCCGUGCGAGAAAUGCUGCCGCACCCGGCAGUGCGGAGCAUGAGCGCGUGCUGGGUGGUCAAAGAGCUCUCUCCACAUUCCCACACGGAGCGGGCGGAGGAGCCGGGCAGCGCCUCCGCACAGGUUGGGCAGGACGGUUGCCGCGAGGCGGACAAAGGGAAGGGCGUUGAGAGACGGCAAAGUGCAGAGGACGAUGGGCCGAGCAAACCGGGUAGGCCGGGAGGGGACUUUUAUCCUGCUGUUUCACGCCGCUACAAGGUUGUUGACAAAGUCAAAGGGCUGUGGGAGCUGAUGGACAGGCCCUGGCAGCAACAUUUAUUUGUUUAGAGGCGAUGCUAUUUUCAGGUCUUGUGUUUUGGUGGGAGUCAUGGGGAGCAAGGCACUGGAGUUUCUUUUUUUUUUUUUCAUUCACGCAUUGGCCAUCAAAAAAAAAAAUACACGAAACGGCUUGCGGCAAGGAGUAACCGGGAUGCUUGAAAUUACGUAGGACAGCGUAUAAACCGCGGUAGACCC